UCCCAAAGAAAGAUGGCAGAGUUAGAAUGUGCGUGGACUUUAGGGACCUGAAUAAAGCAAGCCCUAAAGAUGAUUUCCCAUUACCACACAUCGAUAUCCUUGUCGAUAACACGGCAGGGCACGCACUCCUAUCUUUUAUGGAUGGCUUCUCGGGUUAUAACCAGAUUAUAAUGGCACCCCAGGAUAAAGAAAAGACCUCCUUUAUCACACAAUGGGGGACAUUUCAUUACAAGGUGAUGCCAUUCGGACUCAAGAAUGCUGGGGCAACCUACCAAAGAGCAGCAACCACAGUACUCCACGACCUUAUACAUAAGGAAGUGGAAGUCUAUGUUGACGAUAUGAUUGUCAAGUCAAAGACUAGGCAGGGGCAUGUGGAAGCUCUUAGAAAGUUUCUAGAAAGGAUCAAAGAAUAUCAAUUAAGGCUAAACCCCCAGAAAUGCGUUUUCGGGGCAACAGCAGGAAAACUUCUAGGCUUCAUGGUAAGUGAGAGGGGCAUAGAGGUAGAUCCCUCCAAGAUAAAGGCUAUAAGAGAAAUGCCUCCUCCUCAGACGGAGAAAGAAAUAAGGGGUUUCCUAGGGAGGAUUCAAUACAUCAGCAGAUUUAUCUCCCGACUAACUACUGUCUGUGAGCCUAUCUUCAAAUUACUCAAGAAAGAUCAACCCAAAGUAUGGAAUCAACAGUGUCAAAAGGCGUUUGAUCAUAUCAAGGAAUAUUUGACUAAUCCGCCUGUUUUGAUGCCACCUAUUACUGGGCAACCCCUAUUGCUGUAUUUAUCAGUCACAGAGACAUCAAUGGGAUCAAUGAUGGCCCAGCAUUGUCCAGAAGGACAUGCGGAACAAGCCGUCUACUACUUGAGCAAGAAAUUCAUUGGAUACGAAGAACGAUAUACAGCCCUGGAAAAGACUUGUGCAGCGUUAAUAUGGGCUACGAAGCGCCUGAGACAUUACAUGCUUGCCCAUCCUGUGAUGUUGGUUUCCAGAAUGGAUCCAAUAAAGUACCUAUUUGAGAAACCAGCGCUAACAGGGCGGCUCGCUCGAUGGCUCCUAUUACUCUCAGAGUUUGACAUCAAGCAUGUCACACAAAAAUCUAUCAAAGGUAGGGCCAUCGCUGAUCAUCUAUCAGCCCAUCCAAUCCCUGAAACCAGACCCCUAGAGGACGUUUUCCCGGAUGAAGAUAUCGUUAACAUUGAAACCACUGAAUCAGUAGGGGUUUGGCAGUUAUUCUUUGAUGGAGCAGCUAAUCAAAGGGGAUAUGGAGCAGGAAUACUUCUGAUAACACCAGAUGGAUCUCAUAUACCCUUGGCAUUCAGGCUCAAUUUAGGUUGUACAAAUAACAUAGCAGAAUAUGAGGCUUGUGCCAUAGGUUUAGAGGCGGCCAUAUCAAUCGGAAUCCAGAAAUUAGAGGUCUAUGGAGAUUCAUCAGUUGUCAUUUGCCAAAUGCAAGGGAAGUGGAAGACCAGAGAUGAAAAGUUGAGACCAUACCAAGAGUACGUUGAGAGUCUUGCGCAACAAUUUCAUAGCAUCUCAUUCGACUACUACCAGAGAGAUUACAAUCGUUUUGCAGAUGCAUUGGCAACCUUAGCUUCCAUGGUCGAUGCCAACCCAAAUGAUUGUAUUCGACCAUUCGUUGUGGAGCAAAGAGAACAACCAGCUUACCAUGAGAUAAAUGCUCUUACAAUAGAUGGUCGACCAUGGUAUGCUAACAUCGUGGAUUAUAUCCAGGAAAAGAAGUAUCCUGAAGAGGCCACUAAACAAGAGAGGCGCUUCCAGAGAAGAUAUGCAACACAAUUCAUUCUCCUCGAAGGUAUCCUGUACAAGAGAUCCUACGACGGGAUACAAUUAUUAUGUGUUGAUGAAGAACAGGCACAAACCGUCAUGGAUAAAAUACACCAGGAUAUAUGCGGACCCCAUAUGAGUGCAAGGAUGCUUGCAAAGAAGGUCUUUGCAAACUUGAUACGUGUACCUCCUUCAGAAUUAUACACCCUCAGUUCGCCAUGGCCAUUCGCAACCUGGGGUAUCGACGUUAUAGGAAAAGUCACCCCCAAAGCUUCUAAUGGACAUGAGUUCGUGUUAGUGGCCGUCGACUACUUCACCAAGUGGGUUGAGGCACAGUCAUAUGCCAAGCUCACAGCAGCCAAGAGACACAAGUCGUCGCCAUACAGACCACAAACCAACGGGGCAGUUGAAGCUGCGAACAAGAACAUGAAGCGCAUCCUGGAGAAGAUGGCCGAAAGAAACACAGAUUGGGCUGAUAAACUUCCGUACGCAUUAUGGGCUUACAGAACUUCCAUUCGAACCUCUACUGGGGCAACGCCAUAUUCUUUGGUUUACGGGAUGGAAGCAGUCCUUCCAGUCGAAUUGGAGGUACCUUCCUUAAGGGUCCUCAUGGAAAGCCAGAUCCCUGAAGCAGAAUGGCUCAGGAGAAGAUAUGAGGAAUUGAACCUUAUUGAUGAAAAAAGAAUGCGUGCUCUAGACCAUACUAAUAAAUAUCAACUCAGGGUAGCUAGAGCAUUUAACAAAAAGGUUCACCCUCGACAGCUGCAAGUUGGAGACCUAGUGCUGAAAGAACAGAGGGCACCCCUUCAUGAUCCACGGGGCAAGUUCAAGCCUAAUUGGAGUGGCCCCUUUACCAUCACAGAAAUUCUUCCCGGAAAAGCCGUCAGAUUGGUGGAUCUUGAUGGGGAAGAGUUGCGUUAUUUGACGAAUAUGGACCAACUCAAGAAAUAUCAUGUUUAA